AUGGUCUACUAUUUCGCCAGCGAAGCUCUCAAGACCAAUCACCUCCUGGACAUCCAUUGGUUGAUGUGGGUCUCGAACUGUGUUUAUUCUGGUCAUGUUAGGGGACUAGACAUGCUGGACUGCCGGGCAGAACUACUGGUCAUAAUUCUUGGCUUUCUGGUAGUCUGGUUAGUAGUACACGAUUUCGUUACGAGUCGGCUGUUCAUGUGCCCUUGUACAACAACUAUCUUUAGACAUUGGUUAAGUGUUUGUGCCCUUACAAGUCGUUUACCGAGGGGUAUCGAUGGUGGUUCCAGGGCGCAGCGUCAACUCAGAGGAACAUGGGUGGGGGGCUGGCUCGAGAAUCGAGGCCUCGAAUCCCCUCGCGGGAACGGCCUUUGUGUAGACGGUCUCGAGGCAGCAUUACAAAAAGCGGCCGAUUCCACAUCUCCUCAUGGGCUUUUCUUCACCCUCAUCACCCUCGUUAAAGCAGUCAUUCCGAGAAACUUGCUCGCCUCAUUCGUUACGAUCAAACUCUUACAGGAACACUCAUUAACUUUCUUUCCGUUCCAUAACAAGAUGCACUUCUCCAUCGCCAUCAGCACCAUCCUUUCGGCCAUGGCCGUCCAAACAGCCCUCGCCGCUAGCUGCCACGUCGAUAGGGAACAGCAGAACUGCUGCUGGGGCAAGGGCAACGAUUCCUGCCAGGCUCAGAACCCCAACAACGAAAUCUGGUGCCUCCGAGACAAGAAGAACUACUGUAGCAAUGUCAUGAAGCAAGGAACUGACACUCCGGUCUCCGCAAGCUGCGAUGCCGAUUGCUGUGACACCGUCACCGGAUGGGGGAUCGCCUGUCCCAAGUAA